AUGACAAGUUCAUAUCCUGGAGUUAAACUCUCCUCCAUUAAUGGGCACCUGAUUUGUGGACUGUGUGGUGGUUAUCUAAUAGAUGCGACUGUUCUUACAGAAUGUAUCCAUGUCUUCUGCAGAAGCUGCAUCCUCAAGUAUUUAUUGGAGCACAAAAUUUGUCCAUUAUGUCAAAGUUUGAUACAAGAAACCAGACCUGGCCAAGCCCUCCGUCCCGAUGUCGCUUUACAGCGGAUUGUAUAUAAAUUAGUCCCGGGUUUACUGAAGACUGAGAUGAAAAGAAUCUCGGAAUUCAAAGAAUUGUAUUUAAAAGAGUUGUCCUGCACAGACAAAAUGGUUUGCACCAAGGAAAUUCUCCCCAAAAACUGCAUUCCCUGUAGCACUGCUAGUUAUAGCAUUUCAGAUCUUUGUUCUUCACCCCUUCCAACUGCUCUUGCAACUCGAUCGCUUUCUAAAAGUCCAUGUGGACUUGUUUCUUCAACUCAUGCAACUCAAAUGCUUGUUUCCAACCGUUUACCAAAUUCUGCCGCAUUUCUAGUAGCAGAUGAUGAAUUUGUGAGUUUGGCUCUAAUACAUUUAACAAGUUUUCCGUCAUAUUCAAAGAUAUCUGAAUCGGUAAUUUGCAAACGUCACGACAGUUUCAAAUUAGCUUCAAAAAGUGAAUCUAGUCGUUCCCAACCCCCUUCACCACUUUCUAAUGAACAGUAUUCUAACUCAAUAUAUCUUUUAUGUCCGGCUGUAGUAACUGUCGCUAACCUCCAUCAUCUAUUGCUAUCCAAAUAUCAACUUGAUCCUACCAGGCAAAUUGUAGAUUUAUACCUCGAUGGAGAAUGUUUAGAACCAUCUCAUAGUCUGCGUGAAACAAUGCCAGAUGAAGCCAUUUCCUGUAUUCGGGAAUAUAUGCUUGAUUUCGAUAUUUGUAAAUGUUGUAUCAUCCGGUUAACUAAUGGUCGCUGUCAACAAAUAGAUUUACUCAAUGUCUUUCAUUCACAAGCAUAUCCUGAUGAGUUUAUAUGUAAACUUUGUUUUGGCCUGUUGCAUAAUCCUUAUUUAUGUGAUAUUCCACGAAAUCUUAAUGAAUCACAAAAUGAAGUGGAAUUUACCAAUGAAGAAUUUGAUAAAUAUAUUUUGCUCUAUUUAUAUAAAGAGUUAAAUGGAUCCCAUUAUCAAUAUACAGCAUAUCAACUUCGGGUCACUGAACCGAUCAAUAUUAUGCUACGUGAACAAUUUUUAUGGGAUGAAUUAACUUGUAUGUCGACUAAUCAUGUAAACAAUAAUUCGAAUAGUAGCACUAUUGAGAAAUUGAAUAAUCUACAGACGAAAUUCACUAAAGAUGAUAUCAAUGCAUUGAGAUCAUAUGCUAUUCCAGUAAAAACUGCAUGGAAAUGGAUUGUAGAUGGAAAGUUAUCAUCUUUACUGAAAGUUCCAUCGAUUUACUCUUUACGUGAUGAUACAGAAUUAAAAUUAAUUAAAACCAAUGAAUUAAAUAUUAACAAUUCAAAUUGUGAUCAAGAAUCCAAUAUUAUUUGUUUAACUAUAGAAUUUUCAAAUUUCUUAAUACAAUUAGAUUAUGAUGAAUUUUUGAGUUAUUUAGAACAUUCUUCAUUAAAUUCUAUACGUUCUUGGCUUAUACGUUUAAAAAGUGUUAAAAUACCACGUAAACGUUCAAAAUUUCAUUAUGGAAAAGAAUUAACAACAAAAACAUUUUCUUCUCAAAUAUUAAAUAAUGAUAAAAAUUCAUUGAUUAUCAAUCCUUCAUCUGUGAUUAAUAUUGGUUAUACUUUGCCAAAUUUAUUACAUUUUUCUCGUGGACUUUUAACAGAACUUAUUCCUUUAUUAAAAGAUAAUUGUUUACAAUCAAAUUAUUUAAAGAAAAUUUCUUCAAGCAAUUGUUCACUUGCAUUCAUAACAUCUUUGAAAAUAUUUCGAAGUAUACCACUUUAUUUGGCUGGUCGUUAUGUGAAAUUAAGUCGACGUUUGCCUCAAUCCCCAUGGAUAAUUGGAUCACAGCGUAAAUUAGAUUCAUCUGUUGAAGAACUUAUCACUCAAUUAAUAUUACCUCGAUUUGGUGCAAAUUCUCAAAGUUGUUUUAUUACAGCUGGUAGAGAAGAUGUUGAUGUUAGAUGCCUUGGAUUGGGUCGGCCAUUCGCAAUUGAAAUUAGCAACUAUGAAUUAUUACCGUCACAAAUUAUUCAACAAUGGUCUGUUAACGAUAAACUUGCCGUAGAAUGUAAUGAAAAUGAACCAUUGGAUUUAUUGAAACUUGCAUCGUUUGUCAAUUCGACAACUCAGGGUCGAGUGUUUAUACGUGAUUUACAGUUAGUCUCGUCAAAAUCUGCUACAGCCGCAUUAAAAUUAGGUGAAAUGCACAAAGCCAAAUGUUAUCGAGCUGUUUGUUGGUGUCCUCAUGGUGGAAUUAAAACUGAAUUACUUAUGAAAAUGUUACAGUAUACCACUUUGUUAAAUCGAACAAAUGAAAAUCUUGAUCAUGUUAACAUCAUUCAUUGGCCUCCUAAUAAAACAGACUCUAUGAAGUAUGGGAAAAUUUAUUUUGGUCCACUGGAUAUUAAUCAACUUACACCUAUACGUGUAUUGCAUAGAAGACCAUUGUUAAAUCGUAAAAGAACCAUUUAUCAUUUAUGUUUCAUGUCUUAUGUGGAAACAAUAAAAGCUAAUAUUUUCGAGUUCGAUGACUUUAAAUCAUGGUCAAAACUAUAUCCAGAAGAUGAACUGUUCAUAUUAGAAAUUCGUUGUGAAGCUGGCACCUAUGUGAAAGAACUUGUUCAUGGAGAUCUUGGCCGAUGUAAUCCUAGCUUAGCAAGUAUAUUUGGUUGUCAAUUAGAUAUAUUAGCGUUGGAUGUAAUUGGUGUUGAACUUGACUGGCCUACACGUCUAAAAGAUCCUAUACUCAAUUAA